AUUUAUGGAUUAAACAAACAUUCCUGCUGCUGGAUCAAGACCUUAAAAAUAGACUUUAGAUUAAGCACCUUCUGUUAGAUAAAAGUAGAAUUUUUAAAUAUGAAAUAGUCAAUAAUAACGUUCAGAUAUUUUUGGUAUUAAUUCAGGACCUGUAGUCUAAACACCAAGUAGACAAUAAUAACGUGCAAAAACGGAUAUUUUUGGAGUUGAAUAGAAUGCAACAUAAUCCUUAGCUUAAUCCAGAGUUGAAGUAAAAUAAUCUUUUUAAUUUCUAGACUAGAUAAACUAAAACUUAUUAAUCCAAUAUUUUCUAAGUAGAUCCUUCUGCUAAUAACACACAUACAGCUCAAGAGACUAUUAAAACUUAAAAUAAAGGAAAAAAUACUUAAGCAAGACAUUAAGACCACGGGAAAGAUUUUUUAUUCGGAAAAAGCGGUAUUUUCAAUUAGCAAUUAUUUCAUUAGAUUUUGAUGAGUAUAAAUCGAUUAAAAGAACAUCAACAUUGAAAGAAUUUAAACCAAAAGAAGAUUAUGAUCCAGCUAAUAGAAGAGUAAAGGAAUUAUAUGGAAAUGAAAUCGCAAAAGAACACUUACCUACAUAAAAGGUUUUAUUAGAAGAAAAAAAAGAAACUGUUAAAAAACAAUAAUAAAAGGAUGUUGAUCCUUCAGAAAGAAAAUAGUUAGAGAACUCAUCAAGUGUUUUUGGAUAAAAUGAUAAGAAAGCCUUUUAAUAAUAAGGUAAGUAAGAAAAAUUAACUUCCUAAAAUCAAAAAUGGUCAACUACAAGUAAAGCAGUCGAUAACAGUACAAAAAAUUAUGAUCCUGAUACAUUUGCUAAAAACAAAAAAGAUUAAGAAUUAUAAUCCAGUGUAUUUGGUGGAGAAUAAAAAGUAACACAAAGUACAGCUACCAAAUAAAAAUUAAUUCCAACAAAUUAAACAUGGUAAUAAACUGAUACUGUUAAGAAUAUGAAAGAUUUUGAUCCAUCUUAAUCAUAAUUGAAUGAAGUUGAUCCAUCUUAAAAGAAAAUAGAUACAUUAAAAUCAGCAUUAGAUACACAUGAUUAUAAAGCUUAACCUGUUAAACACACUGAAAAGCUUAGUGUGAAAUAAUAGAAAUAUAAAAAAGAUGUUUUUACAAGAGGAGGAGAAAAAGAUUAAGUUCCUUCUCAAUAAAAAUAAAAAUAACCAGCUUAACAAUAAUAAUAGAAAGAAGUAGUACAUGAAUAAUCAGAUAUGAUUUGAAAUUAUUGUAUAAGUUAUUGUGAUUAUCCUCAAAUUUAAAUUAGAUUGAUCUGAG